CGCGGUUCCACGGAACACGUGUACAAUAUACCUAUUUGCCGAUCUAUGUGCCGCCUGGUGUCGCCAAUGUUUACGGCGAUCGGCAAUUCGCGCAUCAUGAUCAUUCGUUGCCUGGAAGAGGAAGAGGAAGAGGAAGAGGCGCCGAGUGUUUACAAGAUAAUGACGGACCCAACAGUCACAGCGGCCACGGCGGCCACUGUGCCAACAACGGCCCCGACACCCACGGCGGUCAUUACGGCGGCGACGACGACGGCUACGGUGGCCACGGUGACGACGACGACAACGGCCACGGUGGCCACGGUGGCGACGACGACAACGGCCACGGUGGCGACGACGACAACGGCUACGGUGGCCGCGGUGGCCACGAUGGCGACAACGACAACGACAACGACAACGGCCACGGUGGUCACGGUGGCUACGAUGGCGACAACGACAACGACAACGGCCCCGACGGCCGUGGUGACGGCAACGGCAACGACCCCGACGGCCAUAGCGACAACAACGACAACGGCGACAACGAUUCCGAUGGCCACGAUGGCCACGGCGGCGAUGUCGGGAACCGUACCAAUUAUAUUAACCCCAGAACAGUUGCAGUCAAUAGUACAAGGGGCAAUUCUCGCCUCUCAGAGAGGAAGUUGGAGGGGAAGAUGGAGAGGUAGAGGAAGAGGAAGAGGAAGAGGAAUAGGAAGAGGAAGAGGUUACAACAACAGAAGCCGAGGUAGAGGC